UUAGUUCCAACUUCACUAGUUCGGUACGGGCCCACUCGCGUAGCGGACGCGCCGUACACUGCGACCGGCGCGCGCAUCACGAAAACAAAAUAAAUCGAACUUUGUUUCACGUGUGUGGGAACUUUGUUUGUGUGGACUGUGACGAACGAAGUGCAAGAGUGUCAGUGGUUUUGGCGGGACACUUGGAAAGUUGCACGUUUCAUGUAACUGAUAAUACUGGCUUUCGUAAUUCCUAGAUAACAGUGUGCGGAUAAAAACGUAGAUACAGUUUCCAAAGGAUGAGGAGUAAGCAACGAAGUUGGGAUAGCUUUGUCGGCCUGGAUACACUGAAGUCAACAGGAUGACGUUCGCAGCGGCGCUGGUGUUGCUCGCGUUGUGUGCAGCGGCGCGUGGCGGCGACCCGGUGUUCGAUCCGAGCACGCUGAUGCGUCUAGUGCUCGUACCGGCGGACGCGGCUGUCGGCUCCGUCAUCUACCGCGUCCGUGCUUCCGACCCAGAUUUCGAUUAUCCGUUGCAUUUUGAACUUAUUGGGCAAAUGGGACGUCUAGAUAUCGGCAUCGAGUCACUUCCAUGCACGCGAUACAACUCAGUCUGCCAAGCAAAUGUAAUAUUACUUCGGAGGCUGGAACCUGGUCGAUACGUGGACUUCAGGCUGUCAGCCCGCAACACCAGAGGGAGGAGUGCUCGCAUUGCCUGUUCUAUUACUGGCACCAAUGCCACCACUCCACGAGAUACCGUAUUUCCUCACCAACCGGCCAUUAUAUUAGUACCUGAGGAUGCGAAACGUGGAACGGACCUAGAAAUAGUAAUCGCUAGAAAAAAUCCAUUGUCACCGAAGCCGUUGGAGUUAGAACUUUGGGGUUCGCCGCUUUUUGCAAUAAGACAGCGACGAGUAUCUACAGAGAAUACGGAGGGCACGAUAUUCCUUGUCGGUCCAUUGGAUUUUGAAGCUCAGUCCAUGUAUCAUUUGACAUUAUUAGCUGUGGACCCUUACGUAGAACUGGGUAAAGACACCCGAAAUAUAGCUGGAAUAGAAGUGGUAGUGGUCGUUCAAGAUGUCCAAGACAUGCCACCUGUGUUCACAUCAGCACCUCCUAUUACUCACCUUCCACGCCAAGUGGUGCCUGGUGACAUGAUAGUGAAGGUCCGAGCUGAAGACGGAGAUAAAGGAGCACCAAGGCAGACACGCUACGGUCUCGUGUCUGAGGGAAACCCGUUCACGCCAUUUUUCAACAUUAAUGAAACUUCUGGUGAAGUGACUCUGGAGCGGCCAAUUGAAGAAAUAGCGGCGAUAUCUCAUGCAGGAGCGCCGAUACUUCUUACAGUGGUUGCAGAAGAAGUACGUCUAUCAAGAGAAGAGCCAGAAGCGAUGUCCUCAACCGUACAGCUCGCUUUUAUACUGCCUGAACGAGACAAUUCGCCUCCUUACUUUGAGAAUGAUUCUUACAUCACAUAUUUAGAUGAAAAUGCUCCUCAAGGAACAGCAUUGAUAUUCAACGAUCCUUACAUUCCGCAAGUGAAUGACAAUGAUGCAGGAAAAAACGGCGUGUUCUCUCUAUCGUUAGUGGGAAAUAACGGGACUUUUGAAAUAUCGCCAACUGUCGCUGAGAGACAUGCGCAAUUCAUCAUCAAAGUGCGAGACAAUACGAUGUUGGAUUUUGAAGCUCGGAAAUCAGUUAUUUUUCAGAUUUUAGCUCAAGAGCUUGGUCCAGCAACAAAUUUGUCUGUCACGGCAAAUGUCACCGUCUACUUAAAUGAUGUUAAUGACAAUCCUCCGGUAUUUUUGGCUCUUUCUUAUGAUGAAGAAGUACCAGAGAAUGCGACAGCUGGUACAAGAGUUGUACAAGUUGCAGCUGAUGAUGUAGAUACAGGAUCAUUUGGAAAAAUUCAAUAUACUGCCAUACUAGGAUAUUUAAAUACAUCUUUGAAUUUAGAUCCUAUAUCAGGAUUAAUAACUAUAGCUACAAAUAACCAUGGCUUCGACCGCGAAGCUAUGCCAGACUUGCAUUUUUUAGUAGAGGCUAGAGAUAAUGACGGUGUAGGUUUAAGAGUUACAGUGCCAUUAAUUAUUAAGUUAUUAGAUGUUAAUGAUAACCCACCAGAGUUUGAAAGGACGCUGUAUGAAUUUGUCUUAUCGCCGAGUUUAAACAAUUUUACUUCAGCGGCUUUUGUAAAGGCUAUCGAUAAAGACGCUGAGCCACCAAAUAAUAUAGUAAAAUAUGAAAUAAUCGAAGGGAACGGAGAUGGCAAAUUUGCUAUUAAUGAAGAUACAGGUGAAUUAUAUCUUUUAGAAACAUUAAAAAGAUCAAAAAAACAAAAUAUUUAUAGACAAAAAAGACAAUAUGAUAACGAAGAAGAAAGCGAAGUUUACGUGUUAACCAUUAGAGCUUAUGAUCUUGGUGUUCCCAAUUUGUCCUCGACGACGAUGGUAAAAAUUUACCCUCCAGAAAGUAAAACACGGACAAUGUCCUUCAUUGUACCAGGUGCAAAUCCCGAUAGACAAAAACUUGAGGAAGUAUUAAGUACACUCUCAGGAGGGAAAGUCACAAUAAUAGAUAUAAAGCCGUAUAAAGGAAAUGAUGAUAAAGGUACUGCAGACCUUAGUGGCCAAGAGUCUAGUCAAGAAAAGAGUGUAGUUACUGCAGUAGUUCGAAUGGCCGGAAACUCAGCAAUUAACGUGGCAAAACUGCAAGAACAACUAGCGAAAAAUAUGACGGUAUACACUACGAGCACCGUUCAUAAAGACCAAUCAUCAACAACUGAGGACAAUCACUCGGGUGUUUAUAGAGCUGAAAGUCGAUUACUAUUUUGGUUAUUAAUUUUACUGGCAAUAUUAAUUGCCUUAGUUCUACUACUUCUUAUAUGUUGUUGUAUAUGUGAAGGAUGCCCUUUGUAUAUGCCACCAAGGAAAAGAGUGAUACGUGUCAACUCCACAGAGGACGACGUGCAUUUAGUGGUUCGCGACAAGGAAGUUGGGAGGGAAAACAAGUCGACGCAGAAUAUAGAAAAUAAAUCAAUACAAGCACCUGAAUGGAGGAGACGCGAAGCCUGGAGCGCUGAACAAACAGAUUUGAGGACUAAACCGACACAAUGGAAAUUUAAUAAAAGGAACUAUAGAUCAAAAGACCUAAGUAAGCCCGCAUCAACACCUGGUGACAUUCGACAAGAAUUCGUUCAAGCUGCCACAGACAACGAUUAUAAAUACGAUGAUACCCGACAAUCAGUUCGCCGAAGAGAUGGACCAAAUGUAAUUUAUACAAAAGAAAUGCAGCUCCAGGAAGCUUUUGCAAAUAAACAUAAAGAAUACAUUGAUGAUUUGGAAAACGGAUACGAUAGAAUUGCUACACUGCAUUAUCAUCGCAAGGAUCAAGAUAAUGAUUCUAUAAGACGACAUGAAAUUGACAGAGGUUCUGAAGUUGGCGGAUUCCUUAAAUCUGAUGACAAGAACAAACAAGAAAAAGAAGAAGAUAAACUGAAACGCCAAUAUGAUAAACAUGCUUCGUCGUCUCUCGGUAGAGAUCAAUAUUUUAUAAAAGAAGGUAAUACUGAAAUUUUAAGAUUAGUAACACGUGGUAAAACUGAAGAAGAACGUUAUGUUAAUCUUCCCGUUCACCAACAAAGACCAGUUACUUUAGUUCCACAUACCCAAUACGUCGUUGUAGAUAAUGGAAAAGAGCUACUCAUGGAAAGAUUUAUCAGAGAACAAGGCGAUGAAGCUAGCAAUAUUAGGGAUAAAAUGGAUAAAAUAGUAACUGAUUUAGAUAAUAUAUCAAACCGAGAUGACAAAAGUAUUGGACAAAAAUCAAAAACUUAUAUUGACAAUCAAAAUGAAUCGCGUGAAUAUUCAAACGUGCGUUUAGAUGUUCCGGGUACCGUACCACUUAAAUCUGAUUAUUUACAAAAUGCUUUAAUCGAAAUGCAAAAUAAAUCUUCAAUACACCAAGAGCUAUUAGAAUCGUCCUUGCGUAAACAGAAUGAACUUCUUCACCAAAUAUUAAUAGAGAGAGAUAAAAUGUUACAAAAUCAAGAAACAGCAUCGCAAGUUGAAAGCAAAUUAGAAACUCAAAGUUUACCUGGCCACUCUGUCAUGGCGACUCAAACUGAAUGUCAUAUUGGCACACAAACAGAAGCAGAUUUUACUAGUGAGGUAAAAAGAAAAUCACGAAGCGAUAAUGAUUCGUACAGUGAAGAUGACUCACAGCCAACGUCAGACCAAUUAAAAAAGAUGGCAUGGGUAAGGAAGAAAAAACCUAAAAAGAAAAUAAAAUAUAGAGAUCCAAGGCGUAGUAUACGUAUUUAUGAACUAAAACGAAAAAUCAAAACACCUAUAAUUGAAGAGAGUGAUGUGUCACCUUCCUUAGAGAGUGAAAAGCAUGUUAAAAUUAGUAAAACCAAUGAAAGGGAAGAACGGGUUAAACACUAUGGUGAUGUAACAAAGAGCACAAUAACUACAUCAAAAAAUGAAAAAAUAUCUUCCACGCAAAUAAAAGGCUCCGAAGCUGACAGGAAACCUAAAUUACGACGAGAAGUCUUAAUGGAAAUUUCUGAUUCUCUAGAUGAAAAAUUGGAAGCUGACAUUUCAUUAAACAAAUCACGGAGACAAAGGCGUGAAUCGAUCGAACAUGACAAUACAUCGAAACAUGAUAUUCAACAGUAUGAAAAUAGUCAAAGUACAAGUAGUUCUGCGAGUAAGAGUAACAAAAAUAAGAUAUUUUCACGACAAGGAUCCUCUACAGAAGAAAAAGAUAACGUUGUUGACAAAACUGCAACUAAAUUAGAGAUAACUGAUUUAGUUAUCCCAGAAGUUGAUACUAGUAAAGUUUUAACUUCUAAAAAAGACCAUGAAAAUGAAUCAACGAAAGCCAGUGAAUCAACUAAGCCUUUACAGAAAAGUCUACCAAGAUAUAUGCAAUGGUAUAGUAAAAAACCAAAUGCAAACACAAAAACAUCUACAUCCGAAAAAAUAAUACCGGAUAAGCCCAAGAGGCCGUCAAAAGCAAAACAAGAACAAGACAAAGAAUUAAAAGAAAAGAACGGUCGGUAUGGAAAAAUUACUAGCAAAGAUAAUCUAAGUCAAAUUGCAGAGACAAAAAAAAACUACAAAGAUAAAGAAAGUGACUUUAUUCAUCCUCGUUUGUUGAAAGAAGGAAAGGUUACACCUGUUCCCGAAGGGCCGUUACCAGACGUACAUCCGUUAUUGCAGCAUUCUGAACACAGAUAUGAACAUCAAUAUGAAAACCAAAAUCCGCUUUGUUACAUUCAACCAACCCAUAUUCCCAAAUACUUAGGUGCGUCAAAUAUUCCUGUACUUCCGCGACGGCCGUCUUUAGAACAACAACCGAUUUACGUUAAUCAAGAUGAUGUUAAAAAUAAAGAAAAGCAGCCGGAAAUAUCUGAAAGUGCAUUAACACAUAGUAUAUCAAUUUCAACAAACUAUGAUGAUGCUAGAAAAACCGGAACUGAGGUGCAUGUUUCUAAAAUAAAUAUCGGUGGAGAAUCUGUAGUCGAUGUUAAUCAAAGAAAUUCAACAUCGAAAAUUGACGACAAUGAUUCUGGAAUCGCAAUGAGCACGCUAGUUCAACAAGCUGGUAACAUUAAAAGAUUACCCAUAACAGAGAAAAAAAGUGUUUUCACUAUUGCUUAUGAUGAGGUACAAACUAAACAGCUCAGACCCGACAGUAGUUCAACGUCGUAUUAGAUAAAAAAACAAAUUAUUACCAGACAACAAGAGUGCCUUAUAUAUAUUAUUUUUCUAUUAAUUGUAGAGUUUGUUCCGUCCUAUUUAUUAAAUAAAUCAUGUUCUCAUAAUGUUAUAACCAUUGUAUAUAAUAUUUUUAUUACAUUUACUAGGUAAUAUUAAUGAAUCAACUGCCUUUAUUUAUGACUGGUUUAUAAAUAAAAUUACUGUAAGAAACAAUUUAUUGUAAAUAAAUAUUAAAUUAAGGUCUAGUAUUAUUUAAAUUAAUUAUAGCUUUAAUAAAUCUAUUGUAUAUAAAUAUUUCACCAUCCACAUUAGUCGUACUGUUUCAGUAUGCAAUUCUAUAUUUGUUAUAAAAUAUAAAGUUAUAUUAUUAUACACUUA